AUGGAGAGGAUGAUUAUUUUAUGUAUACUUUUCUUGAGUUCCAGCAUGGCACUGACUGCAGCUCCAUAUAAAACAGCAAAAUACAAACAGCUUCUGAAGACAAUUAAACUGUUAGAAACUUCAGUGAAAGAUAAGGAUGUUGAACUGCUGCAUACACCAGAAAACCCUGUGGAUGGAUGCCUCUUCACAGCUGUGACCUGCUUCCAGAAGGGCACGCUGAAAUUACAACCAGAAAACAGCCAAGUAAAUUCUACAUUCAUCCAAACCAUUAAAGUCUUGAAAAGAUUUUCCUUCAGUGACCCUGGGAAGCCAUGCGAGUCUUCAUGUGAAUCUUAUGAGAAAAAAAAACCCAAGGAGUUUUUGACGAGCUUUGCAAAACUAAUCAAAAAGGUAAUCAGAGUUGAAUCCUCCUGGGUGCUUUUUGACAUUUUGCAAACAAUUAGAGGUAUCUUAUUUUACAUUAUUUCUGACAAUGCAUUGUUUUUGCAGUUAUUCAAGGAUUAACACAGGACACACCAGAGCUGAAGACUACUGAAAAUCUACUAUUUAAAGCAGACACUAUGCUAUUUAAGACAACAUGAAAAAUGUAAAUAUUUUGUGUUGCUACUAUGCUAUGCUCUGUAUGCACUGUACGUGAAAGCUUCACCCAAAAUAUUAAGCAGUCUUAUUUGGGUAGCUACUCAAAUGGCAGAUGGUGCUUUGAAAGUGACUCUAGACU